CCAAACCCACAAUGGUUCCAAACACAACCCAAGUCUAAAUUUGUAUCAAACAUCAAACUGCUUCCGAAGCCACCCACUCCGGCAACAAAGCGCCGUACCAAACAACAAACCGUCGCCAGCGUUCGCCGACAAUGUCCUUCGACAAGCUCGAGUCCUCCGUUGUCUACGAAUGCGGGAUCAGCCACCGGAUCAACGCCCGGAGCGUGUCGUGGAAUUCCAGCGGGACCACCCUCGCGAUGGCGGGCUCCGACCGCGUGACGCGACUCUAUAGCACGUCGGACCUGAUCUCGUCGGUUCAAGCCUCGGGUUCGGGCGGUGGGAACCAGAAUUCAAGCGGCUCGGGCUCGAACCCCGUCCGGGAACUCGGCACCAUCACUGGCCACUCCGGGGUGGUCGAUCGGCUCCGCUUCCACUCGACGCAGGACUCGCUGCUGGCCACGGUUUCCGUAGCGGACUCGACCGUUCGGUUGUGGGACCUCCGGUCGUCCACCUCGGCCAGGGCCGUGGGGACCAUCGACUUGGUGGGGGGCAAGGCCGGCAACAACGGAUCCACCACGGAUAUUUCGUGGUCUCCCUCCACCAAGGCAAACCUGCUCGCCGUGACAGAGAAAAACGGGAACGCCCACGUGGUGGACACCCGGAAACUCGGCGCGGGCGGGUCGACCAAGACACCCAGCACCCCCGGCAAGCGGACCGCGGGCUCGGCCUUUGUCAAGACAUUUUGCCUGCGGCCCAAGAUCGUGGACGCCUGCCUGUUUUCGCCCUCGGGCGACCACCUGGUGGCGGCGACCUCCGAGAACGGAUACGGGGAGCUGACGGUCUGGAACUGGGAAAAGAACGGAAGCGAUGCCGAAAACAGCCACCCGAACAAGAGCAGCAGCAGCAACCAGAACUACGUGUACCCCGCCCACACCGGUCCCGUCUAUUCGGUCUGCUUUUCCCCCGACGGCCGACGCCUGGCCACGGGGGGAGGGGACGCGCUGGUGGGCCUCUGGGACGUGCGGUCGAUGGUGUGCGAACGAACGGUUCCCCGGUGCGGCCGCUUCGUCCGGAGCGUGGCGGUCUCCUUCGAUUCGAGCGUCGUCGCCAUUGGCACGGAGGAGCCCUGGAUCGACCUCGCGGACUCCUCCACGGGCGACGCCCUUGGCAAGGUCCGGUUCGGGGGCGGCGACGCCUCCGGCGGGGCCAACCGGAGGAGGGCCCCGGACGCGGAGGCGGGUGCGGACGAGAUCGCCUUUCACCCGAAGGCCCACCUGCUGGCCUGCGCCCGGUGCGAUUCGGGGGGCUGCUCCCCGCUGACCCUCGCGAGGAUGACGCUGGGGCGCCAAUAGGGGGAGGGGUCGAUCCGGGAAAAUGCGGUGCCCGCAGCGCACCAAUGCGACUCAUUUUAGGGCUGCGUUUUCUACGACGUUAAGGGAACAAUCCUCUCUAGUACGGAAGCUAAAUGGUACUUAUCGUUUGGUUGAUUCAUUGAUUUAUCCAUGCCAUGUUGCGCUAUUUUUUCAAUUCAACAACUUUAUCGCCGUAGCACUUUCAGUUUUGCAGCCAUUUGUCCUGCAAGAAGCGGAAAGCCAAGAUGAAAAAGUAGAGACUGUGAACAUUGUUUCAUUUCCUGAUGUACCUUCCAGCACAUCGUACGGUACGAUUCUCAGAGCGAAAUGCGGGUUUGAACUGAACCAUUCCAAACGGGACUCGACAAUUCCAAACCCAAAGAACAAAGAACCCCAACUCAAAAAGAUACCGUACAUUAAAAUAUUAAUCCGUUC